AAGACAAAUAGUGUGGUCAAUGACCACUACCCCCCUAUAUGUUGGGUUAGGAGUUCUACUCAUUCUGCAUCGCUGAGAUACAGAAGUUUUGUCUUCGAUGGAAACUGUAGAAGCUGGUCAUGAUGAUGUUAUUGGUUGGUUCGAGCAUGUAUCGGAGAAUGCCUGCAAGGUUCAAAGCGAGACUCUGCGCCGGAUUCUUGAGCUCAACUCUGGAGUGGAGUAUCUGACGAAAUGGCUUGGAACUGUUGAUAUAGAAAAGAUGGACGAUUAUACCUUGGAAACUCAUUUUACUUCCUUGGUCCCUAUUGUCUCACAUGCUGAUUUAGAUCCUUAUAUUCAAAGAAUAGCAGAUGGAGAGACUUCUCCAUUGCUUACACAAGAACCCAUCACUGUUUUGUCCCUCAGCUCUGGAACAACAGAAGGAAGACAAAAGUAUGUUCCGUUUACUCGCCAUAGCGCGCAAACUACUCUUCAGAUUUUCCGAUUAUCAGCGGCUUACAGAUCAAGGUUUUGUCCAAUAAGGGAAGGAGGGAGGAUUCUUGAGUUCAUAUACGCGGGGAAGGAAUUUAUGACGCAAGGAGGGUUGACAGUAGGAACGGCCACAGCACAUUACUACGCGAGUGAAGAGUUUAAAACUAAGCAGGAGACAACAAAGUCCUUCACUUGUAGCCCACAAGAGGUCAUCUCGGGAGGUGAUUUUGGGCAGUGCACGUAUUGUCAUCUCCUACUUGGUCUCCAUUACUCCAGCCAAGUAGAGUUUGUCGCCUCUGCUUUUUCAUACACCAUUGUCCAAGCUUUCUCCUUUUUCGAAGACAUCUGGAGAGAGAUUUGUGCUGACAUCAAGGAAGGCAAUCUCAACUCAAGAAUCACUCUGCCCAAGAUGAGGAAAACUGUAUUGGCUCUGAUCAGACCAAACCCGUCUCUAGCUUCCCAUAUCGAGGAGAGGUUCCAUGCUGCCGUACCUGAAAAAACUGAGGCAUUACGCUGGCAGUUUGCCUCUGGUGAGCGCAGAUUAUGGGUCAACCGAGAGCUGGAUCGGUGUGAACGUUGAUCCUCAUCUUCCCCCAGAAGAUGUGACCUUUGCCGUGAUUCCAACUUUUAGUUACUUCGAGUUUAUACCACUUUACAGGCGCCAGAAUGAAUCAGACAUAGGCAGUGACGGUGACUUUGUCGAAGAGAAACCUGUUCCACUUUCACAAGUCAAACUCGGACAGGAGUACGAACUUGUUCUUACCACCUUCACAGGUCUCUAUAGGUACAGAUUAGGAGACGUUGUUGAAGUAACCGGUUUUCACAAAGGCACACCGAAGCUAAGUUUCAUAUACAGAAGAAAACUCAUCUUAACCAUCAACAUUGAUAAGAACACAGAGAAGGAUCUUCAGAGAGUGGUUGAUAAGGCGUCUCAGCUUCUGAGUCGAACCACACGAGCAGAAGUUGUUGACUUUACAAGCCAGGCAGACGUUAUUGCUCGUCCCGGUCACUACGUCAUCUACUGGGAAAUCAGAGGAGAAGCAGAAGAUAAGGCUCUUGAAGAAUGCUGCAGAGAGAUGGAUACUGCUUUUGUGGACUAUGGUUACGUUGUGUCGAGGCGCAUGAACUCGAUCGGACCGCUCGAGCUACGAGUUGUGGAACGAGGCACGUUUGGGAAAGUGGCGGAACGGUGCGUUGGGAAAUGCGGUGGCUUGAACCAGUUUAAGACUCCUAGGUGUACGACCAAUUCGGUUAUGCUUAACAUACUUGAUGAUUCUACUAUCAAGAGAUUUCGCAGUUCGGCUUAUAACUAGAAAACCUGAUUUCUAAAUUUAGUUUUGGUGUUUUUAUCUUUCUGAAUCUGUGGCGGCUGUGUUAAUGUACGCAGAUUUGACCAUUUACAAAUGAAGAAUAAAGUAACUAAAUUUAGUAA